CCCGUGGAAGUUUGUUACGGUAACGGUUUGGCCCGGGGCAGGCUGGCUUCAGAGGGGGAGCAAGCGAGGGCGUGUUUGUGAGAGGGACUGAACGCUGGAACCGGGGUCUGGGAGACAUUUACCACAGUCUGAGGAGAAUAGACACACUUUUGGAGGACCGGUGACCCAGAUUCCACACACAGCUAUGCAGUUUCAGGAUUGGUUACGUUCCCUGCGUUUCAGCGGAGGAGACAGCAAAUCUGAGAUGGACAAUCUGAAGACGCUCCUUCCAUCUCUGCCCUCGUCCUUCUCUCUGUCCUCUAUCAUAGGCUUAGGAGCGCUAGCCUCUCUCACAACCUAUUGGCUGAUGACCAGACCUCGACCAAUCCAGCCUCCAUGUGACCUGCAAGCCCAGUCCAUACCUGUGCAGGGAGAUCAGAGCUGUAGACGCUCAGCUUUACUGAAGGAUGACCGUCUACUAGAGUUUUACUUUGAGGACACAAAGACAGUGUACGACAUGUUCCAGAGAGGACUGCAGAUAGCAGGUAAUGGCCCGUGUCUCGGCUUCAGGAAACCCGGAGAGCCCUAUCAGUGGAUCUCUUACACUGAGGUUGCAGAAAGGGCACAGGUGUUGGGAUCAGGAUUGUUGGCGAAGGGUUGCAAACCAAACCCACAGCAGUUUGUGGGCAUCUUCGCACAAAACAGACCAGAGUGGGUCAUUGCAGAGCUGGCCUGCUACACAUUCUCCAUGGUUCUGGUGCCUCUGUACGAUACACUUGGAUUAGAGGCCAUGGUUCACAUCCUUUACCUGGCGGAGAUCUCUAUGGUGGUGUGUGAUAAGGAGGAUAAGGCAGAAUCUCUGUUGAAGAUUAAGGAGGAGGGAGUGACUCCCGCUCUCUCCUGUCUGGUGCUCUUUAACCCCUUCAGCGCCGCCCUGCUGGAGAGAGGAAGGAAGUGCGGUGUGGAGAUACUACAGCUCUCACAGAUAAUGGAUCUGGGAAGAGAAAAUUUAAAGCCUCCUGUGCCUCCUAAACCUCAGGAUCUGGCUGUGGUGUGUUUCACCAGUGGGACCACAGGGAAACCUAAAGGAGCCAUGAUCACUCACGGCAACAUCGCCUCCAACACCUCCUCUGUCAUCAAGAUCCUCGAGGGCUACUUUGUGAUUCGUCAAGAGGAUGUGUCCAUCUCCUAUCUGCCACUUGCGCACAUGUUUGAGCGUAUGAUCCAGGUCUCGAUGUUCUGUCACGGAGCAAGGGUUGGUUUUUACCAGGGUGACAUUUCUUUGCUGAUGGAUGACCUAAAGACCCUAAAGCCCACCUUCUUCCCCGUGGUCCCUCGAUUACUCAACCGCAUCUAUGAUAAAAUUCUGGGCUCGGUGACGUCUCCGCUGAGGAGAGCUCUUCUUCAUUACGCUGUGAAGAUGAAACAGGCCGAGCUGAGCAGUGGAGUCGUGAGGAACAACAGUCUGUGGGACCGGCUGAUCUUCAAUAAGAUACAGGCCAGUCUGGGUGGAAACCUGCGCUUCAUCCUCACAGCAUCCGCUCCGAUCUCUCCGACUGUCCUGUCUUUCCUCAGGGCCACCCUCGGCUGUCUGAUUUUUGAGGGUUAUGGGCAGACGGAGUGCACUGCUGGAUGUACCUUCUCUAUGCCUGGUGACUGGAGUGCAGGUCACGUCGGAGCUCCUUUACCCUGUGCUGUGGUGAAGUUAACAGACAUCCCUGACAUGAACUACUAUGCCAAGAAUGGAGAAGGAGAGAUCUGCAUCCGGGGUCACAGCGUCUUCCGAGGGUAUCUGAAGGAUGAGGAGAGGACAGGAGAGGCUCUGGACGCGGACGGCUGGCUUCACACUGGAGACGUGGGACAGUGGCUGCCGAACGGGACUCUGCGCAUUGUAGACAGGAAGAAGCACAUCUUUAAGCUGUCCCAGGGCGAGUACAUCGCUCCGGAGAAGAUCGAGAACGUCUACACUCGCUGUGUUGCUGUUCUGCAGGUCUUUGUGCACGGAGAUAGUCUACAAUCUCAUCUGAUAGGAGUUGUAGUUCCAGACCCGGAGGUGUUUGUCGACUGGGCCAAAGAAAGAGGCAUCGUUGGAUCAUACGAAGAGCUUUGUCUAAAUCCUGAUGUGAAGAAAGCUGUGCUGGAGGACAUGACUGCAGUGGGGAAGGAGGCAGGUCUCAAGUCAUUUGAGCAGGUGAAGGACUUGUAUUUGCACCCUGAAAUGUUUAGCGUGUCCAACGGCCUCCUCACGCCGACCCUGAAGAGCAGGCGCGUGGAUCUGCGGCGAGUCUUCAGCGAGCAGAUCGCACAGAUGUACAGUAAAUCAUCCGUAUAGACCUCACACGCUCUCCACAUGAUCACAUUAUCCAGUGACUUUCUCCAAAACAUUUCAGCUAACUUAACAAGACUUGCUAAUAAGCCAGAUGCUACUGACAAACUGUGCUCUGUAAUUUAUGAAGACUGAAGACGCCACAUCUUUGCUUCUCAUGUAGUGAUCUAGAUUGUUUGAACUGAGGUCAUUUAGGCCUGACAGAUACACUCCGACCUUAAUACAUAGUUCAGGAACAUUCGGUUGCAUCUUCAAAGAUUUGGGAACCGAUGAACUUCUCACAAUGAAUAGCUUUUCAGUCAGUUUCAUAGAUAUGUAAGUGAGUCUGAAGUUGCACCUCUGAAGAAGAAUCUGCUUCCUUUCAUUCAUCCAGAUGAAAUGUCUGUUCGACAGUCUGUAAAUGAGUGUUUUCAACUGUAAAUGUUUGACUAAUUGCAGCUGAUAGAGAUGUACUGUAUUUUACUUCAUUUUAUUGACAGGAGAAUAAAGACAAUGCCUUAUUACA